AUUGACAAUCUGAAUCUAUUUCAUUUAAUUACAAAUAACUUCAAAGGAACAAAAAUCAUGAGACAACAAGUGUGAUGUCACUGGCAUCCAUUUUUUCUGUACUGUUUGUCACAGAUCAAAAGGUUUGUGGCCCGUAGCUUUAAGGUUGGAGGGAAUUUCUCCUCCAUGGAAGCAGAGUCGUCUCACUAAAAGACAACAAAAGCUGUCAGGGUUUUCUGGACUGACGCGUGCUUCUUGUGGAUCUGGUCCAGACCCUCAGUGAGGAAACUGAAACGACUCGAGAGAGCUUCUGUGUUUGGAAAGCGUGAAGAGUUUCUCAUGCAAACUCCCACUGCAUCUGCAACAUUAGAAUUAGAAUGAUUAAUGUGGAGCUUCCCUCAUCACCUUCACCAGCUGCUGCGCUGGUUAGGUAAGGAGGCUUUGAGUCGAUUGUGGAUUCUUUUGAACUUGUUCGUCUGAAUUGAGAUUUUUGUGUGCAGGUCAUUCUGUCCAUUGUCCAAUGAAAAGCCCAGCACACCUGUGGAGCCACGUGCCUGGUUUGUCUUGGCCACAGGUGUGCUGAGGGUGGAGGACACCUGGAAAUGUCCUUCCUGUGUUGACUUUUCAGCUUCAGCUGCAUUGAACAAUAGAAAUGUUUGUCUGGUGUGUGUCGUGUUCCUUUCCGGCUGACCACAGAGCAGUGCUUUCAAUCAGACCUAUUGAUGGCUCUGCCUCACGGCUUGCGUAGCUGCGCAGUUUAAAAGCGUUUGCUCAGUGGAGAUGAAGGCGAGCAGCCAUGUCAGCUCUGAGGGUUCUCGUCUUCCUGUCUUUGACCGCAGCAGUCUGCACCAGCAGCCAGACCUCAGACUGCUCGUACCUGAGUCUUCUGAAACACCUGAGCCUGACGACAACCAAUGAGGUUCUGCAGAUCGUACGACCCGUGAAGAACUGGACCACCUCCACCCUCGUCCAGGUGGACAUGCUGCUGUAUGGUAUUUUAAAAGUGGAUGAGAAGUCCCAGACGGUCACGAGUCACGUCUGGCUUUACAUGAGUUGGAGAAAUGAAUUUCUGACUUGGAAUUCAUUGGAGUUUUGUGGGAUUAAAACGCUGACCGUUCCGACAUCAAUGCUGUGGAUCCCGGAUGUCAGCCUUCAGGAGGACGCCUCUGAUUCUGGCUCCAUAUAUAAAGGUCCAUUUGCCCAAGUCCAUCAGAGCGGCUGGGUGGGGGCCACCUUCCGUCAGCGGCUGACCUCCACCUGCCAGCUGACACUCAAGCUGUUCCCCUUCGACCAACAAAAGUGUAACUUCACGUUUGGGUCCAUGACUGCUGAUGCAAAAACCAUAACCCUCAGAGCAUUCAAUAACGACUCGACUCUGACCACAAUCUCUGAGCAGUUCAUGAUUACACAAGGAGAAUGGGAGCUCAGAAAUAUGCAAGUUAUCAUGCAUAAUUACACCAUAGGUGUUUCAACUCAGAGCAAACUCGUGUACAUGGUCACGCUCGUCAGGAGGCCAAUGCUCUACGUGAUAAACCUGAUCGUGCCCCUGUUCUACUUGCUGGUCCUGGACUUGGCCUCCUUCUUCGUCAGUGAGAGCAGAGGUGAAAAGCUGAACUUCAAAGUCACCAUUCUGCUCUCCAUCUCCGUCCUACUGCUGAUUCUGAAGGACAUGUUGCCGUCCACAGAGGACAGGCUGCCACUGAUCGCCAGCUACUGUGUUGCGAUCUUUGCCCUCGUGGGCAUCAGCGUCCUGGAGGCCAUGCUGGUGAUCUUCUUGACCGACCUGGAUAGUUACUGUGGUAAGAGGGCUCCAAGAUGUGACAGUGUCCUACUGGAGAUCCAGGAAGCCGGCUAUGACAAAGAGCCUGCCGGAGCGGAGGAGACAGACCAGGUGACUCCAGAGAAACCUGUUCCGGAUGGACCCGCGGGCCGCGACCUGCUCAAACAAAUCCUGGGGGAAAUGAAGGCAGCUCGGCAGGAAAUAAUAAGGCAACGCAAAGACAGGAGCGAGCCGGGACGCUACGCAAGAGUGGCCGAAGUCGUAGACCAUGUGUUCUUUGUCCUCUACUUUAUAACCACUGUGGUUUUUCUCACCUACAUGUAUAUGGAGUGGAUUCACAACUAUGUUAUACAGUAUGCUGAUUAGAUGAUGUGUGUAUAAUCUGCCGCUUCAUGCUUUGAAAUAUGAUGGGUUUUUAAAUGGCUAAAUGUCACGUGUCUGUUACGUGUCCGCAUGUCUUUUUUAACCUCUAGUUGUCACCUGCAUUUUCUGUAGAAAUGUUGGCAAGUGCAGAAUAGAUCUCACCUGUCUUUUCAGACGUUAACCUACAGCCUUCACACAAAGCACAUAUUAUGAAAACCACAAUUUUGUGCUGCAUGUUAUGAAAUAGUUGCAAAAUAAUAAUUAUAUUAUUAUUAUAUUGUUGGGGGAGGUUAAAAAUAAAAUUGAAUUGUGCUUAUGUUGGUGGUUUUCUGUUUCUGCUGAAGAUAAAUGAUGGAAAAUGACACAUGAGGAACUGUUUCUGUUUCCUCUUCAGGGGUUUGGUUUCUUUUUAUUUCACGGACCUCUUCAGACACAACCUCUAAAAGGCACC